AGACCGCCUGGAAACAACCGGUGUAUUCCGGUCUUUCAUCAGCAGAGGGCGAUGUCGAUUUAAAAUCGAUUAUGUGACAGUUUUGGUCUAACGAUAACAUUACGUCACAUCCGUUGACAAAUCCUCGACUCCUAAAUGUUAUGGAUUAGCAUUGAAUUAACAGAAAAGCCCAUCCACAUGAGCAGGGUGUCGUGACAGUAGGCUACUUCAGGACGAUUGAAAAUGCGGAAGAGGGACCAAAUGAAGUGACAGCCCCGAACAUCCCUUCGGGUCAGUAAGUCCUCGGUGUUAGCACGCUUUUUGAAUGCGUCAUUACGUCAAGAGCCUCUUUAUAACAGUCUUCCUUAAGGAGUAGCUCCUGUGCUUCAUUCAUACAGCAAGGACUGCAAGGAAUGGGCAGCUCGAUAUAGAAGAUGGCAACAAAAAGCCGAUAUUUGCUGCAGAGAGUGUUCAGUGGACUCAGAUCUCGCGCUGUUUGGGACCAGAACUCAGCCUCGACCUCGAGUCAAGGACGCCUGCUGUGGAAACCUCAGCUGAGACAGCUGAGCUGCUCACACACACGCUGCAGGGCUCAUCCUCCGAGCACAGGUCCCAGCAGUCUGUCCUUCAGGAGUCACACCUGUGGAGAACUGAGAUCCCAUCAUGUGGGAGAGAAGGUCACCCUGUGUGGCUGGGUCCAGUACCUCAGGCAAGACCUGUUCGUCAUCAUGCGAGAUUUCAGCGGCUUGACACAAGUUCUGAUCCCUCAGGAAGAAUCUGCGAGUAAUUUGAAAACGGCGCUGUGUGAUCUCACAACCGAGUCUGUCGUCAAGGUAACAGGAACAGUGAGACGACGACCAGCGGGGCAGGAGAACAAGAACAUGGCAACGGGAGAAAUAGAAAUCCUGGCUGAGAGCGUGGAGGUUUUCAAUGUGUGCCAGAAGUUGCCUUUUGAAAUUAAAGACUUUGUCAAAAAAUCCGAGUCUUUGCGGAUGCAGUACCGCUACCUGGACCUGAGGUCCUCUGUGAUGCAGAAGAACCUGAGACUGAGAUCUCAGCUGGUGAUGAAGAUGAGAGAAUACCUCUGUAAUGUGCACGGUUUUGUGGAUGUGGAAACUCCGACCUUGUUUAAAAGAACACCAGGGGGAGCCAAAGAGUUUGUGGUUCCGUCCAGAGAGCCGGGCCGAUUCUACUCUCUGCCCCAGAGUCCACAGCAGUUUAAACAGCUCCUAAUGGUGGCUGGCAUAGACAGGUACUUCCAGAUGGCCCGGUGCUACCGAGAUGAAGGCUCCAAACCUGACCGGCAGCCUGAGUUCACCCAGGUAGACAUAGAAAUGUCUUUUGUGGACCAGGCCGGUAUCAUGUCCCUGGUGGAGGGAUUGUUACAGUACUCCUGGCCUGCGGAGAAUGGGCCCAUUAAGGUUCCUUUCCAAACCAUGACCCAUGAAGAGGCCAUGAGGGACUACGGUGUGGACAAGCCUGACACCAGAUUCAGUAUGAAGCUGCUCAACCUCAGUCAGGUUUUCUUAUCCACGGAAAUUGAGUUCCUCAGAUCAGCUCUCAGCCAACCAGGAGGCUCCGUUCAGGCCAUCUGUGUCCCCAGUGGAGCGAAACUAAUGUCUGGCAAAGAUUUGGAAGAACUGAAACUAACGGCUAAGACUCAAUUCAACCAGGAGCUCAGCAUGCUGCUGGUCAAAGCAGACGGGACAUUGAAGUCUCCUCUAAAGAAGCUGCUGUCUGUCUCAGUCACCGAUGAGCUGCUGCAGAGGACUGGAGCCAGACCAGGAGACCUGCUGCUGAUGGCAGCUGGUUCCCUCCACACUGUACGCCCGAUGCUAGGUAAUCUUCGUCUGCAGUGUGCAGAGCUCCUGGAGUCUCGUGGCGUUUCAAUCCGCGACCCCUCAGCCUUCCACUUCCUGUGGGUUGUGGACUUCCCUCUGUUUUUGCCCAAAGAAGAGGAGCCAGAGCAGCUGGAGUCAGCCCAUCAUCCAUUUACUGCUCCCCUGCCAGAGGACACACAGCUACUCUACACAGAGCCACAGAAGGUACGUGGUCAGCACUAUGACCUGGUGUUAAAUGGCUGUGAGAUUGGAGGAGGCUCCAUCCGCAUCCACAAGGCCUCAGAACAGCUUUAUGUGCUAAAGAGUAUCCUCAAGGAGGACCCCACUCUUCUCUCUCACCUGCUGGAGGCUCUGGACUCAGGAGCACCACCGCAUGGAGGAAUUGCUUUGGGUUUGGACCGGCUGGUCUCCAUUGUGGUCGGGGCUCCCAGCAUCCGUGAUGUCAUUGCCUUCCCCAAGUCGUUCCGGGGUCACGACCUUAUGAGCUGCGCCCCUGACUUUGUGUCUGAGGAGGAGCUGAAGUCUUACCACAUCUCUGUCAAAUGGCCACCACAGCAAGGAGGUGGAGGGGAAGAGGGGAAGUGAGGAGGAAACGAAGGAAAAG